UCUUACAAACAUAUUCGCCUUUUCCACCAAUUUAGAGCCACGUCCCUUCUUUGACCGUCCUCCCGUCGGUUCCCUUUCCUUCGACGAUCGAUGUCGUUGAUGCUCGUCAACUGCUCCGCUUGCCGUACGCCGCUCCAGCUUCCUCCAGGGGCCAAAUCCAUCCGAUGCGCUAUCUGCCAGUCCGUCACCACCGUGGCGCCCACCACCGCACACGCACCCGUACCCUCUCCCGGCGCUGGCACGCCCUGGGGCGCUCCGCCGUCUCCUCACGGCGGGAAGAGAGCCGUCAUCUGCGGGAUCUCUUACCGCUUCUCGCGUCACGAGCUCAAGGGAUGCAUCAACGACGCCAAGUGCAUGCGCCACCUCCUAAUCAACCGAUUCCACUUCCCGGAGGCUUCCAUCAUCUUGCUUACAGAAGAAGAAACUGAUCCAUAUAAGAUACCAACAAAGUACAAUAUAAGGAUGGCUCUUUAUUGGCUUGUCCAAGGCUGCCAACCAGGGGAUUCUCUGGUGUUCCACUAUUCUGGUCACGGUGCACAACAAAGGAGCUAUCACUCAGAUGAGAUUGAUGGCUUUGAUGAAACCUUGUGCCCUUUGGACUUCGAAACACAAGGAAUGAUCAUAGAUGAUGAAAUUAAUGCUACUAUUGUGAGACCACUUCCUCAUGGGGUUAAGCUUCAUGCCAUCAUAGAUGCAUGCCACAGCGGCACUGUAUUAGAUUUACCUUUCCUUUGCAGAAUGAAUAGGAGUGGACAAUAUAUGUGGGAAGACCAUCGCCCGCGAUCUGGUGUUUGGAAAGGGACAAGUGGAGGAGAAGCCAUUUCGUUUAGUGGUUGCGAUGACAACCAAACCUCUGCUGAUACCUCGGCUCUCUCAAGAAUCACCUCAACUGGUGCAAUGACCUUCUGUUUUAUCCAAGCCAUUGAACGUGAGCAUGGAUCCACUUAUGGAAGCAUACUAAAUGCAAUGCGAACUGCCAUACGAAAUGCUGGAGAUACAAUGAGCGGAGGUGCUGUAACAUCAAUCCUCGCUAUGCUGCUGUCUGGAGGCAGCUUAGGUGGUGGUCUGCGACAGGAGCCACAGCUGACUGCCUGUGAGCCAUUUGAUGUUUAUACAAAACCCUUCUCUCUAUGAUACAAAGAAGUUGUUUCUCCACUUGAUGUAGAUCCUAUCGCCGAGCACAUUCUGCGUCAUGGCUGAUUCACCGUAUAUUUAAUGCCAUACUGACAAAUUCUGACUCGAGAUUGAAGAAAUUUUUCUGAGUGAUUCAUUCAUAUUCUUGUGGAAUUAAUUUCAAUUUAGCCCUAUGAAUCUGGAAAAUGACAGAGUAAGUGAAGAACGCCAUUUGUUCAUUACUAUUCUGUAUUUCAGGUUUGUCUAUAGAUUCAUGUUCUGAUGACAAACAUGUUUGCUUUACAUAAAACUAUUUGCUGUGUGUCUUUCUGUAUAGGAGGUGAAAGAAUGUUGUAUUUCUACGAAGUGUAAUUUGUUGGGACCCUAGCUCCAUUGAAUCUAUCUCCAUUGAUUUCUCUGUAAUUCUUUCUAUUCUCAAGUAUCUGGUUAUUGUUUUGUA